AUGAUUGUCACUCGUUUUCAUCAUCCGCAGCGCUUGAUUUUGUCGAUUUUGGUGCUGUCCGGUCUCUGCUCCAAGUUGCUGCACAUAUACCAGCAUCGAUCGCUUCCUCUAUACCUUUUGGCGAUCUAUUUCCCGACAUUCUUUAUUCAGGAGGUCCUGCUAUUCGUUACAGUAUGGAUUCUCUUAUAUACAACCUCCGGUCGGUGGGCAGUAGCCGCCGUUAUCGGUUCAGCGAUUAUCGCAUGCACUGAUUUACUAGCAACCGCGUCGCAGUUUAGUUUUUAUUCUCAGACCGGCAGCGAAAUUCAAUGGGAUGCAGCCAGGUCCGUGGGCGCCAGUCGACAGGGACAGAAGUUGAUAUUGAGCGGACUGGUGCCAAUGGCUGCCACUACAACAGUUAUCGUCGUGGCUUCGUGGCUUAUGGCCCAAGGAAUCUGGAAUCUCAUGACCCGCUGGCUAUGCUCCCUCGCCCAUCUCGGAGACGCCAAGACUUCCGCCGUCUUACCCGGCCCCUCAGAUUUGAGAAAUAUACUAGUGUCAAAUCGACCUCGGCUUUGGACGCUUGUGGGGACUGGAGUCACGAUCGGACUUUGGCUGAUUCGCCCAGCAAUCCCAUACAAUCACAUGACUGGAGCUCUGCCCUUCACCAUGCUCGGCGAACACUCUCGGGCUCGUCAGAUGACCAUCGAAACAUUUCCGCUACCAGAAUUGCUAGCGGAGCGAUACCGGGAACCGGAAAAUGGACACUACAAGGGGUGGGCACCGACAUUGGACGACUCGAGUAACACUGCCUAUGGAAAAAAUAAGCCAGCCUGGGCGCAAGGCCCUCUUCCUGCUGCAUUCGAGAGAUGGAUUGUGAAUCCCGAUUCAAAUACGGCCGACUCGACCAUUCAAAGCCUGUCCAGGAGAGGCGGAAACAAAUCCCACUCUGAAGGCCAGAAUAAGACAGCUGGACCGCGACACUACUUCUAUAACCCCGUUCAAGAUCCCCUGAGGAUAAACAAUAUUGACCUGGAACCACUUGGUCCUCUGCAGGAGGCUCUGAAGGACCAUGCCAUCCCAAUCAACCAUAUCGUCUUUGUGUUUUUGGAAAGCGGCAGAAAGGAUCUGUUCCCCCUCAAGAACGAUUCUCGACUGUACAACCAAAUCCGGGAAUCAUAUGAAAUAUACGGAGAGGAGGAUGAAGCCGAUCUGCACGACAAGCUGUCCCAGUUAACACCCGUCGCAGAGAUGCUUACAGGGGAGCCAUCCGGCUUCGGCGCUUCGGUGAGCUCACCAAAUCCCGGACUAGGUGGUCUCAGCUUCGACGGGAUAGUGUCGGGGAGCAGUCUCUCUGCGAAAUCGCGUCUUGUCAACUACUGCGGUCUUGGACCGCUCCCCGUGGACUUUAUGCAUGAAAAUGAUAUCAUCCCAUACCAGCCGUGUCUGAUGCACAUCAUGGAUUUAUUCAACCAGCGCAAGAAUUCUUCUAGCUCUAGGAAUUCUACCGAUAGUCACCUGGAGCGGGAAUGGGAAACCAUCUAUGCCCAAUCUGUCACUGGGGAGUUCCAGGAGCAGACUCGGCUUAUGGAUCUGCUCGGUUUCAACAAGACAUUGUACUCGGAGGACAUUGAUGUGGAGGAUGCGAAGUAUUUCCAUGAGGAUAUGGAAAAGAUCAAUUAUUUCGGUUAUGCCGAAACCGAGGCCCGCCCCUACAUCAAAGACUUAAUCGACGAAACGCUUCGUCAGAACAAGAGACUCUUCCUUUCGCAUUUCACCAGCACCACUCACCACCCUUGGGGUACACCCGAGGGCUGGAACCGAGAGCACUAUUUCGGUGAUCUCCACAAAUCACAACACGAACUCAUGGAUGAUUUCCUCAACGCAAACCACUUCGUUGACACAUGGCUCGGCGACUUAAUGGGCCUGCUCGGAGAAGCCGGCAUCGCCAACGAGACCUUGACAGUCUUUGUGGGAGACCACGGCCAAGCAUUUGGAGAAGACUGCCCCAUCACAGGAACCUACCACAACCCACACAUCAGCAAUUUCCGCGUGCCCCUAGUAUUCCACCACCCCCUACUACCCCGCAUGCACCUUAAUGUCAACGGCAGCGCCGUAUCCAUCCUCCCGACGAUCCUCGAUCUCCUAGUGAACACCAACUCCCUCAACGCAGACGACACCGAAAUCGCCCUAGAUCUGAUGAACGAGUAUGAGGGCCAGUCCCUCAUCCGCCCGUAUCGCACCUCGCACAACGGCCGCGAAGCCUGGAACAUGGGCGUUAUCAAUGCGGGUGGCUCGAUGCUGAGCGUUGCCUCCGCUGCUGUGCCCUGGCGUCUCAACCUACCACUGAACAAUGACUUCGAGUACCGCUUCACAAACUUGAAUACGGACCCGUACGAGCUUGAGCCUAUCACCGGCUGGACAAUGGACUCUCUUGCUGCGGAGGUCCAUUCCAAGUAUGGACAGGAGGCAUUUGAAUGGGUUCAAAAGGCCGAGAAAGUUGGCAUUUGGUGGGUUGCGGAGCGGAAAAAGCUCUGGAAUUAUAGUGAUCCUGAUGAGUGA